AGGUCUUUGCCAAAGUACUCUGCCGAGGAGGGCGGCGAGGAAACGGAUGGCGGAAGGUCCGUGGCAACACCCCGCAGCCGCAUGUCCGAUGUGUCCCACAAGUCGGCUGCAGAAGCGGAGAAUGAGGAGGCGGACCUCAUUUGUGUGUUGCUGGUGGCCCGCCACAGCGAGCGGACGCCCAAGCAGAAGGUGAAAGCCAAGGUGAACCUGCCUUCAGACUACGGCGCGGGAAUGUUGCUCGGCUGGCUACAGGGCGGAGUUGUGGCUGCGGAAUCCGUGCUGGUGAUGCCCCGCACCAUGGAGCUGCGCGCCCGAGACCAACUCAUGCGCCUGGCGGACGCCGCGAGGGAGCUAAGCAAGAUGGGCCACGACGUCGGGACUCUGGCAGACGCCCUGAACUGCAUCAGCAAGGAAGGCGCCACCUGCCAUGCCAAAGUUGGCUGCGAUGACGGGGAGCUGGUGGUGGGUUUGAAGUGGGGCGGAGAGCUGACGGCGGCCGGCAUCAGCGACGCAGAGGAGUUUGGCCGGAACUUCCGCAACGAGACGUACCCCUCGGAGGUGAUCGACGAGCUGCACGCGACCUUGCGCCACGACAUCAAGAUCUACGCAUCGAAGGAGUCGCGAUGCCAGCAGACGGCAGCCGCCGUGUGCAAGGGCCUGAUGCGGACGCACUGCCAAGAGCUGCCGCCCCUCAUCACCGCGAUGGUCAGGACCGAUGAAUUCGGGCGCCUGGGAGGUGGUCACAAGAACUACGUCAAGAAGGACAAGAAGGAGAAGAAGGAGAAAGACUCGAGGAAGGAGGACAAAGAGUCGAAGGAGGAGCAGGGAGAGAAGGAGCAGAAGGAGAAGGAGGAUAAACAGGGGAAGAAGGAGAAGAAAGCGUCAGAGGGCGAUGACAAGAAGUCGGAGGACAAAGAAAAGGAGGAAUCAGACCUCCCUCCAGCCGACACGCCCUGGGUGGAGCUGGAAGGCCUAAUUGGCAUUCCCUGUGUGUCCACCUUCCUGAGACGCUACCCCUCGCCGGCGGUAGUCCUCCAGGAGCUCGCCGAGCUAAUGGAAGAGCUGGUCGCUGCUUUGAAGCAGGGCGAGCUUACCCAGGCGCUGGCGGGUGGUGAGACGCCACUGCUCCUCCGGGGCCGCUACGAGGAUGUGUUGAACGAGCUCAAGUGCAAGCCGCCUAAGCUGGACAAGGUGCAACAGCUGCUCGACAACCUAGAGUACGAUGAGCGGCAUAACCGGCAGGCCUUUCCCGAGGCUGCGGACAAGCCCUUGGCGAGCGCGCUGCCCCUGGCCAAGGACCUUUGUGACGUUGUGGUUCCGUUGGAGACGGCCCUGCAACGACGUGGGGACGAGGUCAAAGCAGAAAGCCACGGGAUGCUUUUGCUGGACAAGCUGCGGUGGGACCUGCGCGUGGCCUCGGGAGCAGACCUGGGGGACCACGACAAGCGGCACCUGCUGAAGCAUGAGGCGCUGUACAAGAACAUCGAUCAGAAUUCAGCUCGGGCAAACGAGCGGAAGUCCUCGUAUGUGCGGUCGCGGCUCUACUUCAGCCACAACUCGCAGCUGACUGGGCUGCUGUACCUCAUGCUGAAUGGCCUAGAGCGCAAGGAGUCGGCGGGAGAGGGCAGCCCCCUUCCAAGCACACCCAGUACAGGUAGCUCGAAGGCAGAGGUGCGCAACCUCCACGCGCAGCGCUUGGGAUUCAUGGCUCACUUUAUUGUGCGGCUUUGGCGCAAGCGCAGCGACGGAUCUCUUCGCGUCAUUUGCGACGUGUCUCCCAGCGGCAGCUUUGAUGCCCGCGUACGCCUUUUUGACUUGCCCUUUGCCGAGGUGGACGCCGUUUGGUCAGAAGUCCUGGAGCCAAUGGAUCGCCUUUCUACCGAUUUCGAGAAAUGCCCACGCGCUGGUGGGACGCCCUGAGGGUCUUGACCUCCAGGUGGUCCGGUGACUUGGGCGAUACUGCUCUCGCCUUUGACCAGCUCAGCUGGACGGCUCGAGAGGGCUUCGGCGAAGAUGUGUUGAACGGCGCCC